CUUGCAUGAAUAUCCUAACACCUCACUGUUCACACACACACACAGAGCAUGUCCCCUUUCACGGUCCUUUCCAGGACAUCUCUCACUUGCUGGGUAGCAUCCUUGAGGACCGGUACACUGGAGAUGUUAUUGGAGCAGACUUGGAGACGAACUGGAUCAAAUCCCAAGGAGGAGAUGAUGUUUGUCAUGAGAGUUUUACAGAGGAGCUAGAGAAGCUUCUUUCCGAGUACCAGCAACAACUGAAAGCAGCUGACACGGUAGAAGAGAAUAUCAUUCAAUCCCAACAUCGAGCAAAAGCUGAAGAAGAAAGGGCCCUAAACGUGCUGAAGGCAGAUGUGGUGAAAGAUUUUCACAAAAUAGGAUUGCCACCAGUGGCAUCCUCUUUUAGGUGGAUUGUGGAUAAUGAACUCCUUAGAAAAAAUCAUUUAACUUGCCCUGAUGAUUACAUCACUGAUAAAAUACCUGUUACUAGACAACUGAAAGGAAAAUUGGCACCUGAUUAUGUCAAAGGGACCUUUAAUGUUAGACAGCAUGUUUCCUCAGUCUCACAGAACCAGCUGCCUGCAUACCUGCAGAAAAUAAUUGAGAAACUGCCAGAUGUGUCCUUAAGCACAUUAUCUCUGCCUUCAACUGCAGCCUAUAGCCAUUACAUUACAAAGAUAACAAAGAAAACAAGUACCUCAGAGAAGCUAGCCUGGAAAGACAGAAAGUGCAAAGCAGAGGAAGAAAGUGAGCAUGCUUACCUUGCCAGACUCGAAAGAAGGCAGAAUUACUUGAAGAACCCUCGCUUUUUCCCACCAAAGUCUUCUUGUGGUGGCAAAUCUCUUGUUGUUUCUCAAGAAAAGGUGGAACAAGUCAUAGCCAGAGGAAAAUCAGAAGAUAAUAAUGGUGAUACCUCCUUUGUUCCUGUGUUUCUUGCCAAUCCAUCUACUGUUUUGUUUUCUGAUUAUGAAGUUGGACAGGCUUAUGAGAUGACUAUAGAGUUGCUAAACAUCACUUCAACAUGUCAUCAUGUAAGACUUAUCCCUCCCUCUACUUCAGCAUUUGCCAUUAGGCCAGGAAAAUUUCCAGGAAAGGGAGGAAUGAUUGCUCCUGGGAUGACAUGCCAGUACACAGUCCAAUUUAUUCCUGAAAAUGUAGGAGAUUAUGAAGAUUGUAUAUUAGUGGAGUUUCCAGCAUCAAAACCUCUUCCGAUCCCUAUCCAAGCUAGAAGACCACCUCCAGUGUUAACAUUGCCUGACAUUAUAGACUGUGGUUCCUGCCUUGUUGGAGGAGUAAAAUCAAUGAACCUUUUGUGCAGAAAUGAAGGAAUAAAUGCUGGGAUGUUCUGUAUAAUGCCAAAGCAUGCCUGGCCACCUCCUAAUUCCAGGGCUGCUGCCACUGUUGGUUUUGUGAUACAAGAUCCUUUUGGAAUCCAUCCUGAUGCUUUUGAGCUCGUUCCAGGGCAGAGUACAACAGUAGAGGUAGUGUUUUUCCCUUCUUUUCUGGGGGUCUCACAGCAAACAUACACCGUUUUUUGUGACAAUUAUGAAGUCAAGGAUGUUACAGUCACAGGGGUUGGAGAGCUGAUAGAUCUGGAACUUGUGUUCAUCACGGGUGGAGAAAGCAAACCUGAACCUGGCGAAGUCACUGAUGUAACAGCACAGCAUCUCAUAUGGUUUGAGCCACAAAACCCACACACCACUGAGGAGAAGAAAUUGCUUAUAAGAAACAAUCUCCACGUAGAACUUCCUUUUUGCUGGCAGAAAAUGAAGCCUAAUCUGAAACCAUUAAUAUCAGAAGAAACUGCAGACUUUAUGAAGCUCAAAUGCAAGCCAGACACAGAAUCUGCCUUUUCUGUGAAUCCUGAGCAGGGAGUUUUGCUCCCACACGCAGAUCAUGAAUUUACUCUCACUUACACUCCACAGGAGCUGAAGAGUUAUCACAGUGUGAUUCAUAUGGUACUGAGGGAUGUCCCAGAAUCACCUUGCUUGAUAAAGGAGAGGACACUUCAAAACAUUCCAGAAUGCAAAACAGAGGAUGUAAUAGCACUGGAAAUAGCAGUUAAGGGAUCAACAGAACCAUUUCAAAUUCUUCUGGAACCAUAUGCUGUUAUCAUCCCUGGAGAAAUCUUUAUUGGUGUAAACAUCAGGAAAAGAUUUAAGAUGUGGAAUAACAGCAAAUCAUCGAUCAAGUACACAUGGGAGAAAAUCCUGUCCUGUGACAUCAUAGAAGUUGAACCCCAUACUGGCCUCAUAGAUUCUAGUUCAUGCUGUGAAUUUGAACUGGCAGUUACUGGAAGCAAACCUGGGUGCGUCAGCCAUAAUGUGCAGUGUAAGAUUGAACACUGUCCAGAGCCAGUUGUGCUGCAUGUUGAGGCUGCUUUUAAGGGUCCACUUCUUUGUAUUGAUGUCCCAUCAAUCCAGUUAGGUUUGACUAAGCAGGGUGAGAGCGUGUUAAGAACUUUUGAGAUCAUUAAUCUGAGUUGUCUGCCAGCACAGUGGAGAAUGCAGGAAAGCCAGGUUUGUCUAGCUGAAAGGAACGAAGAGGUAUCUCCCUUCACUAUUCAACCAUCUGCUGGAGAAAUCCCUCCUUUGGGUAUAUGCACUGUGUCAGUUCAGUUCACAUCAUUGCUGUGCCAGCGUCUCCAGACAGUGUUAGAAUUAGAGGUAGAAAAUGGAGAAGGAAGUCAUCUUCCUGUUGUUGUUGAAGUUCAGACUCCCCAAGCAUGCCUGAUAUCUAGUCAUCUAGUAUUCCCUGAAAUGUAUACUGGAGUUCCUGCCAAAGCAACCAGCAAACUUUUUAAUCAGACACUGCUGCCAGCAAGAUACUUAUGGGGGAAGCUCAUUGGAUGCCAGGCAGCUUUCUGCUCCAUUGCUGUCUCCCCAUCCAGGGGCACCUUAGGCCCAAAUGAGGAAAAAGAAUUCUGCAUAGAGCUGUCAGCUAAUAUUGUGGGUGAGCUGAAAGACCUCGUCCUUUCCUGUAGCAUAGAAGACAUGGCUGAGCCCCUCUUUCUGAGUCUUUCUGGAGAAGUGAAAGGACUGCACGUCACCUACUCAGUACCUUGUGAAAGUGCAGUUGCCAGCCAUGAAAGGCAAAGGCCACAAGGCUUGUGUGAUCUUCUUUUGGACUUUGGAUCUGAAGUGGCAGUCAAUGACAUAGUAAAGCGCCAGCUAAUUCUUACCAACCACACUGGGAUCAGUGCUCCCUUCAAGCUGGAAGCUGAGUAUUUUACUGGGUGUUUACUUGCUCCAGAACAAGGAAUCUGUCUCUCCUCAAGCAACCUGUUGAAAAGAAGAGGACCUGUCACAAGACACACAGCCAGAAGAGCACAGUCACAGUUUGCAGCAGCACUGCUGUCUCAUGGGAAGGGAGUAGCUUUCCAUAUACAGCCUUCCACAGGAACUCUGAAAGCCUUCCAGGAGCUAAUCAUAGAAAUAACAGCUUACAACAACAUGUGGGGAGAGUACCAGGAUGAUCUUGUCUGUAAGGUGGGAAUCUUACCAACUAAAUUAAUUCCUAUGCAAAUGACUGUGAAAGGCUGUCCAAUCUUCCUGCAGAUGACAGGACCACAAACAGAGCAACCCAUAAUCAGGUUUGGCACUCACAUCUCUGGAGCACCUCCUGUCUUCCGGAGGAUGCAGCUCAACAACCCCGCUCCCUUCGACAUCCGCCUGGACUGGCAAAUUUACAACCAAGAGCAAGAUGAUAAGAAGCUGGUGGACCUGCUGAUGUUCUUUGGAGACCCCUUUCCUCUUCAGGACAUGGAUGAAAAUGAGACUGCAUCAACUGGUAGCACCUUGGAGUCAGAGAUCAUGUUAAAGUUGGAUCAAGCUGUUAUUCCUUGUGGAAGCAUUCAUCUAGCUCCACAAACCACAGAUGAGUCUUCAAGCUCUGACAGCCAAGAGAAGGAAACAACCACUCAAGAAUCUACAACACAGGAAAACAUCACUAUACUUAUUCGUCCUCAUGAAGGGAUUCCUGCAGACAACCCCUACUCCAUUACCCCACGACAGAUCGUGGUUCCAGGAGGUGGCAGCGUCUGCGUUUGCAUCUCUUUCACCCCAUGCAUCCUCCCAGAGACCGUGACUGAAGUGCAGUGUGAGGGCUUGAUGCUGGGCUUCGUGAGCCUGGACGACAAGCUUGCACAGACAGUGCCCCACCAAGAUCGCAGCCAUGGCUAUAAAGCUCCACCGUUACGAGUCUCCUUGCAAGCUUUUGUAGCACAAGCUCUGUUAAAAGUAGAUAUGGAUCACAGCAGAGGGAUGGUGUUUUAUUCAGCAGCAAGUGAUCUCCUACCAGAUCAACCCCCAUCAGGAGUUUUGACAGAUUCAGUAAUGACUCAGAGUUUGAAACUCACAAAUCACACUAAGGCUUCCUCUGUACUUCAAGCUCUUUGGCUACACCCUUUCAGCCUGUCCAGCACCAAUAACACCUCACCGCAAGAAAGAGGAAAUGAACAGCAACCACAACUGUACUUUACCACAGCAAACAUGCUGGUGAAAGUGUCAUUCCACACAACUCUGGAGCUGCUUACAUAUCAGCAUCUGCCAGAUACCCAGCUGCUUCCUGGAAUGCAAAUGCUCCAGUUGAGAAUGGAGAGAAAAAGCUUGCAGUUUAAUCAAAAUCUAGUCAUUGAACAUAGUAACAGCACGUGCCAGCUGAUCCCAGUGACUGCUUAUCUCACCGUUCCAGCUCUGGAGCUAUCUUGUGACACAAUUGAUUUCAAGACCUGCUUUGUUGCACAGAAGACUGAACAUGUCUUCCUGUGCAACAGGAGUGGCUGCAGUUACUGGACUGCUCUGCUAGGUGGCCAGGAAAAGAGGAAGAACGUGGAAGUAUUUUCUGUCUUCCCUCCCCAUGGCAUUUUGGAGGCACGUGAAGGGGACUCACCAACUAAGGAGAUUUUACAGAUCAGCUUUACUGCCAGGAGUGACACUGAAUAUAAGACUGUGGUGGCCAUUACUGGAAUGCUGGGAGAGAGGCCCUGCAUGCUGCAGCUCAGAGGACGAGGCACAUACAAUGAGAAGUAUGAAGACCUCAAUGGUUUAAUUCAAGCAAGACAAGUGUCAAGAACUGACUGA